UGUUUGCACAACAUUUGGUGGAGUGUUGACGGAACAUACCUGUAGCAAGGACACCUUGUAGUAUCGUCUUGGUUGGGUCAAGAAAGGUUCUCCUGCUUUCCUUCUCGGCUACAACAACUUAGAGAGACGGUUGUACAAUAUCCCAGUCUUCGUGAACAUUUUGGCGUCACUUCGGUCACAGAACGUGUCUGUUCUACAAUUCUUCUCAUAUGGAUGCCGUAUAACGUGCCGCACCGGUGCCCCAAGUGCUGUGAGACUCAACCCUACAAUUCAAAGAAAAGACUUACCGGAAUCUUCGACCGAAUCACUCCGCGUGUUUUAGGAAGUCGGUGCCGCGUCCCGUCCUAGUUUCGAGACAAGGUUGUUAGUGAUGCGCCGCAGCGACUUGCCGACGUGACCCGCGAUGGAAGGGGAACCGGUGAACAACAUCAGCGGGCCAGGCUGCAAUGAGUCCCGCCGUGCGGAAAGCAGCGUGUAGCUGGAGGCUGCUGGUCGUCUUGGUGCUGCUGGGCGUUGUGGCCUUACAGGUGCUCUUGAACGGGUAUGUGCACAUUGCCGGGACGGGAAGGCCCCGCUGGCCCUACGGCGGGUCCUCGCGUCUCAUUAGAGAGGGUCUGUCGAGGGACGUAUGGGAAACAGCGGGAGACCGCGAGGAGGUUUCGACUGUCUUGCGGAAGAACGGUCGUUCUACCACCGACAGCCACACAGACUCGCUCCGCACCAGCCAGUCAGAUAUUCUCCCGGAGUAUCACCAAACCACCGCCGGUAGAAACGCUUCAAUGACAGCCGGCAAUGACUUAGUAACGAUCUCACGCGGCGCAUCAUCCACACUGCUGAACAUUACAAGCAUCCUCACCUUACCAAUAGGCAGAGGAGAGCGGACAAACGACGGGUGGGAUAGGAUUCUCAACAACACAAUUCUCAGGGAAAUGUUCGAGCUGUCUCACGCUCUUGGUCUGCCAGUAGAGAGAAGAAAACACAACAGCGACGUGAUUAAAACGGUUUUAACCUUCCUGCAAGAGAAGCGCCCGCGGUUGGCUAAUGUCAGCAUGGAGUUGCUGAAACUCAGGCGGGAGCACGAUGACCAAGGCCGGGAGAAGCCGAAGGAACUCUGCCCUCUGGUGCCCCCACAUCUCGUCGGGCCAUUAAUAGUCGACGUAAAAAGUGUAUCCAAAUUUCGUGACAUUGCGAAGAAAAACCCCGAGGUGAGACCAGGUGGAAGAUGGAAUCCGCCAUAUUGCAAGUCCAGACACAAGGUGGCGAUAAUUGUUCCCUAUCGUGACCGUGAGCAGCACCUACGGAUCUUCCUAAAACACAUGCACCCGGUACUGAGGCGUCAGCAGCUCGACUAUGGGAUCUACAUCGUGGAACAGUACGGAGAACCCAAGUUCAACCGUGCCAUGCUGUUCAACAUCGGCUUUACGGAAGCGCUGAAAGAGUACGACUAUGACUGCUUCAUCUUCCACGACGUGGAUCUGAUUCCCGAGGACGACAGAAACAUCUACUCCUGUCCUGACACGCCCAAACACAUGUCCGUGGCUGUAGACGAGAUGAACUACAGAUUACCCUACGAUAGUAUAUUUGGCGGCAUCUGUGCUCUGUCCACGGUGCACUUCCAGCGUGUGAACGGCUUCUCGAACUCGUUCUGGGGCUGGGGAGGUGAAGAUGACGACAUGGCAAACAGACUGACUGCACAUAGUCUGUAUGUCAUGAGACCUCCAGCAGAAAUAGCCCGGUACAAGAUGAUCCCACAUAGGAAGGCUAAACCCAGUCCUGACAGAAUGCAGAAGCUGAACACGGGACGAGACAGAUACGGAACGGACGGUCUCAACAGCCUGGAGUACGAGCUUCUCGCCCUGUCUCAUCAACCACUCUUCACCUACAUCGCUGCAAAACUGGAGCGAACUACCGAUCCCACGGAAGACUCGUGGCUUCCACCUUGGCUCUUGCUAAACAGUGCCAAAGCCUUCCAAGACUUCUGGAAGAAGAGCUGGCUAAAGCAAAAGGCCGACAAUGAUACCCUUUCUCGUUACCAGAAGAACUGGUCCGAGAGAAAACAUAAUAAAGUCAAACAAGCUGACGAGAGAAGAAGCAGGUACGUGGUCUCGAACACAACCCGCGAGGAAGACAUCAGAAAAUUUAUCCGGAGAGAUGGUAGCUACGCUGCAUCUUCUCAAGGUCAAACAAAACGACAAGGUCAUGCUGCAAAGAAAACAAACCAACAGGGAACAGGCGUAGGAGAUAUUUCGUAUCGGAAGAGAGGCAAUACACAGACAAACAGGUUAUCACAGAACUCCUCAUCUAUGCAACAGGCAGAUCAAACGCCGUAUAAGACGCCUGUUUUAGAUACUGUUGGGAAGUCCCAGAGACCACAGCCGUGGAUGCAAGAUUAUCAAAGACCGAAUGGGUCAACGGACGGGAAGGGUAAGAAACAGACAAACGGUCGGAAGUAUAAGCCGAAGGCACAACAGAGAAAACAGCCUCAAACAUGGCAUCGGGUUCAUAAAUACCAUCAAAGGUCUGGAUAAAUGCCGUAUAGUAAACCCAAGCAUCAACAAAUGAUGCACAGUCAAAUAUCUGCAUCUAAUAUCAGUGUAUGUUCAUCAGCAGUUGAUGAAAUUAUCAUCAUCAUAAUCAUCUUAUCAAAGGAACACUAGACUCCAGAAGAAGGGGUUAUUUUCCAAUUGAGUGUGUAACAAUCAAUACAUAAUAAGGUAACAUUUUGGCAGAAUUCCACUUAUGUUGAACUAUGCGACGUGUGUUGGGGAAAACAACAUGGUACUCACAAACCCAAUAAAGACCCUACUCAUGCAUUCGCCCAGACACUUCUUUCAUCAUUUAUAUUCACCAAAGGACACAAAGAAAGCCAAUUAUUUAUAAUAUAUUAAAGAACACAAAACGUUUUUUUAAAAUAAUCUAAUAACCCCUGAAAUUAUUUGUGUAAGCUAACUUUCGUCAGACAUAUUUAGCCAUAAACCGAAAUUGUUUUAUUUAAACCGUCCAUGUUUUAAUAUAGGUACUGAAGUAGAAUAUUGAAUGCUUUUAUGUGUGUGGGACCAGAUCGUACUUUAUCGUAUGCAGUAUUUCCUAAAUCAUAUUAUUUAUUGAAAUGUAACACCCCCUUCUGGAGUUUAUUGCUCCUCUAAGCAUCAAUCUACCGACCGCUUUUGGCACCUGAGCUUAGGUGGGAAGUAUGUUUUUGCUUUUCUGCUCGUGUCAUGCUUAAAUAUAAUAAAACGUUAUGACAAACCCAAUGUGGUAAUAACAUAACAUCAAACGUGAUCCAAAUGACAUAUGAAAUGAUGUCGAAGCAAUUACCAUCAAUAUACCGAUGAUAAUGAAAACAAAGAUGUCAAUGCUACCAACACAGAGAUAUCUUGGAACCUAAGGCCACACUGACUUAAUUUUAUGGAUGACACCCUAUGCAUGGAGACCCGAAAUUGAUGCGUGAGUGCGAAAAAAAGAGAAAGAAAUCUAGCAAAAAAUUAUGCUAAAUCACAGGACAAAAUAUCCAGUCCAUUCCUUCCUAGACUUGUUUUGUAUGACAAAUGUUCACCUCCAGUAACACUGUAAAAGACAAUCGUAGCAAUUUCAAUCCCAAUUCCCUGACCAUGUGCCCCCUUACUUUGGAGAGCAGAUUCUCUGGCAAGCAUAAACUUCUGACUAACCAGGGAUGCUAUUGGGUAACAUGUGGCCACAUUUUUUAGAACAGUCUAAAAAAAACGCGCGCGCGGAUGUCAUCCAUAACAUUAAGUCAGUGAGGCCUAAUCGUCAAAGCCAGUUCGUCUUAAUGCCCCGGCUUUACCAUACAAACAAAUUUUAUAUUUUAUGAGCAACUAGCACUAGAUUUUCUUAACAAUUGUUGAAUGCCAAGAGAUUAAGAACAUAUCACUGGCGGAUAGGAGGGUUCUUUUAUUUUGAAGGUGUGCCUUUUGAUAAAUUGCUAUACUGCAACUUUUGUUUUUGUUUGACAGACAAUAGUCAGCUAUUACCACAUUCCAUUUUGUAAACAGGCAAAGGGAAUCUCUCUAACAUAUCGUCAAAAAGAAACCCACAGCAUGUUCUGUUAACCGUUAUGAGUACAUUAUGGUAGAGAAUAAAUGAACUCAGUAUAUCUUCGUGAUAGGAUACUGAAGUCGUUUUCGUUUUGUGUCACGGAUGGGUGUUCGUGACAUUUCUCUGUGUCAACAACGUGGAUCAUGUAAAGGUUAAUAUCUGCCUGUCACAUUAAAGUCGUCUGUGAAAAACAUCUGGUCGUUUUACCCAAUCACGGGACCAAUGAUGUGAACGGACGAGCUAAUGUCAGUAAAAACAUUCCACGAUACGUCUGAGUUUAGCGUUAAAAGAACAAUUGAGUUGUGAUACGUUUUUCGUUCACCAUUGUGAGUUUCGUAAUUGUCACAUUCUUGUAAACGUGUACAUUGCCAAAGGAGAUAUACAAACAGUGCGAGUUGAAUAAAUACUGUGACGAAGCGACA